GAGUGCAAGCGAAGUGUGCGGCAGCAGGGCCAGCUGGCAAGUGUUAGGCGACUGUUCAGCUCCACCAUCAUGCUGAAGAUGAUGGCAGUGCGCACCAUCAUCACUGUUACCAUCGGCAUCCUUGUGAUGAUAAUACCCCUACAGAGUGAUAGCAGUGGGUCUCCAUUCGUCUACAUGGUCGUGGUUGGUAUCGUUGAGGUCCCAGCAUACAUUUUCCCGGCUCCUUUAACGACAAAAUUUGGACGUCGGCCCGUCAUCGCUGGACUGCUGGUGACGAGCUGCUUGCUCCUCCUGGGCCUGGUGGCGCUCGAGUUCUUGCAGCUCGCUCACGAUUGGCCGACGUUCGUGAUUCUGACUUUGGCGUACAUGCUGCUCUGCGCUACGUUCCAGGUUAACUGGAUGUACUCGAGCGAGCUUUACCCUACUGAAGUUCGAGUCUUGGGCACCUCCAUUAACUAC